GGUCUUGGAUCUGCAGACUUUAAAUUGCUCUCAGGCUUCUGAUUCUCCCAGGGGACCUCAGAUGGGGGAGGGGACAUGGGAGGGGUGUCAGGAUGGCCAGCGGUCCCUCACCCCGAGUCCUCUGUCAACCAACAGGUCGCUGCCUCCCCGUCACCGGCAGCUAUGAGGUCCCGGCUUUUGCUUUCUGUGGCCCUCCUGCCCACAAUUCGGGAGACCUCGGAGGAGAUGCUACCCGGAGGGGCUGGAGAGGAGCCCCCCGCCUCCCCCAGCCUGGAUGACUACGUGAGGUCCAUUUGUCAGUUGGCACAGCCCACCUCAGUGCUGGAUGAGGCUGCAGCGAGGGUGCGAACCAGCAGACCCCACCGGCCAGCCCGUUCCUGUGCGAAGAGCUGUCCCACUGGGUCUCUACAGGACAUCACCACUCGCUUCACUGGCCAGCAGCCCUCCCUGCCUGGGACUGGCACUGUGGACCCCCUGGACUGGCUCUUUGGGGAGUCUCAGGAGAAGCAGCCAAGUAGAAGGGAUGUGCCAAGGAGGACUGGACCCUCCGCUGAUCCCUGGGCUUCUCGCAGACAGAUGGACAGUGGCAAGGCCCCAGCGACUCCCAGAGGGAGGCUGAGUGAUGCCAAGGAUCCAGGGCACUCCCUGCAGAGAACGUCGAGGGACUGGCACCGGUGCUCCCAGGCUUCUGGGCAGCCUGGGCAGGAUGCGGGCUCCCCCACAAGCCCCCGCCCCAGCAGCAUCCUCAGAACUCUCUAUUUGCACCUCCCGGUGAUCCAUGAACUCUGACACCUCCCCAAUAAAGACUUCUGUAAACAGCA